GACUCUCGUGACGAACGUCCGUCACACCGCCAUCCUCUGUGGACACUUAUUCCCCCGACCUGCGUCCUGCACAGACUCCUUGACAGUACAGAACGUAUUCGACACAACGCUGGGCACGGUGACACUACUCUGCCGAACGACAAUGGUCUACCUUCCCCCGCCCCACCUCGCGUCGGCCUCGCGACCUUCAUACGCCGAGGCCUAUGCCAACAUCCUGGCAGCACAUCGACGUUCUCCCUUGACCUCUGCUUCUUCUGUAAUUGUGCUCGUGGCUCCUGAUGUCGACGCCCUCUGUGCUGCCCGCAUGCUUGCAGACCUCUUCACACAGGACGACGUGAUGCACCGCAUCAUCCCAGUGUCUGGGCACGCCGAACUGGAAAGACAACGCGACGAGCUGGCUGCCUACAAUGAUCUGCAUACACUCAUCCUCAUCAACAUGGGAGCCAUCCUCGACCUGCCGUCUGAAGACUGGUUCGGCUCGUUCAGCCCACAGCUUAGCGUACAUGUUAUAGAUUCUUCAAGACCGCAGAAUUUGUCCAGUCUAUUUGGUGGCGGAGAUAAUGGGGAACGGAUUAUCAUCUGGGAUGAUGGCGGGGCAGAACACAUGGAGGGCGACCGUAAGGCGUGGGAGGUCUUGACUUUUGAACCAGAGCCAGACUCGGAUGAGGAUGAGGAUAUGGAGUACCGCGAUGAAGAGGAAGACGAGGACGAGUAUGAGGAAGGGAGCUCGUCAGGGAAGCGGAGGUCGUUAGGCGGUGGAGAUACACCGAAGAAGCGACAAAGGGUGGACGUAAGUCCUUCCUCUUCACGAGAAGAACGCGAGGCAUGUGCGGAACGGCUAGAAAAGCACUACAUGUCUGGUACAUGGCAUGGGCAGAGUGCUUCAGGGACAAUCUACAUCCUUGCUACUGUGCUUGAAAGAAUAGACAACGACCUGCUGUGGCUCGCGAUCCUUGGACUCACAUUUCAAUAUAGCACCUCUCGAAUAUCGCGCGAUGAAUACGACAAGUACCAAUCAAUUUACCACGAUGAAGUCGCGCGAAUGAACCCCGCGCCAGCAGCGUCGGUCACAAAGGAUGGCGAUUUUAAGUCGCAACACCCAGAUGACAAAUCUGUAUAUGUGUCAGACGAAUUGCGGUUUAUGCUCUUCAGACAUUGGAAUCUGUACGACGCCAUGUACCAUUCAAGUUAUGUCGCCAGCAAGCUGGGUAUAUGGAAGGAGCGUGGUCGGAAACGACUGACGGGACUACUAGCCAAGAUGGGUUUCUCAGUAGCAGAAACUCAGCAAACCUACGCUCACAUGGCCAAGGACCUCAAACUCAGCCUGCGGAACAAGCUCGACCAGAUCGCACCGGAAUACGGGCUGGUAGAGCUCACGUACCCGUCCUUCACGCGCUGCUACGGUUAUCACUCGCAGCCUAUCAGUGCCGCGGACGCGGUUGAAGCUGUCGCGACGCUGCUUGACGUUGCCGGUGGCGUGCGCAUGGAAGUUGAGGUCGAGGGCAGCCGCAACGGCGGCGAGUGGUUCGGCGGCGGGAAGCUCUGGGAGGCGGGCGGACGCGAGGGCGCGCCGAGACGAGACGACGACAAGGAGAACGUCCUCGUGGGGGGUGUCGGCGCGUCCCACGGGAAGGGGAAAGAGGAGGGCAGCGAGAGCGAAGAGGAGCUGCAGUGGUGGGUGAGGAACUUCUGGACGGCGUACGACUCGCUCGACGACAUCUCCCAGAUGCGCCGCGCACUCAACCUCGCGAUGACACUGCACCGCGCGAUCAUCCGCCAGGGGACGUCGAUCAUCGAUAAGCAGGACAUCCGCACGUUUCGCGGACACCGCGUCGUCGUGCUCACGCAGGGCCCCGACCUUGCGCUCUUCGCGCACCCGGGCGUGCUUUCGCGCCUCGCGCUCUGGCUCGUCGACGCGCUGCGCGACCGUCUGCCAGGAACCGUCGUCGUGCAUGCGCGCAGCCGGCGCAAGAGUCUGCCCUUUGUCGUCGCGUGCCUCAACGAGAAGGCGGGCACGUACAUUGUCGUCGGUGUCACGGCGGCGCUGGACUUCGGGGAGGUUCGCAAAAACGAGUUUGGCCUAGCGUUCCUCGACGCGAAGGAGCGGUGCAACGCGCGCACGCGCCACGGCUCGUUUGAUACCAGCGUUAUCGAGAUCAACAAGGACGACCUCAAGGUCUUCCUCGAGACGAUGUGUGAGACCGGUGACCACUAAUUCUCACGUCCCUCCACCCCUGGUCCUCGAUACAUUUUUUCCAUGCUGCGGAUUUAAUACUUGUAUUGUAUCUCUAGGUCUCACUUGUAUAAUGAUGCCUUCCUACACAUGGGCUUCUCGCGUCUACCGCUAAGCGGACGAGAGUGUGACUGCAAGACAUAUGGUACAUUUUCUGGAUAGAUGUGCAGGGAUGCUUCGCCUAGAGUACGCCCUUUGUGCUUGGGACGUCGUCUCCUCCGGUGCGGGUGAUCGCCUCGCGGAUGGCAAUCGCAAGUGCCUUGAAUGCGCUCUCCGCCCUGCCAUGCGUCAGCCACUUUCUCU